AUGGCUUCCGUCAACUCCAGAGGCGAUUCUUCUGGUUUGAGUUCAGAUCCGCAUUCAGGCUCAAACCACUCAACUAGCCAUGGGCACCACAACCACACGGUUCCACCAAAACACUCAAGCCACCAGACGGCUCCACUAAACCAGUCAGGUGGCACUGGCUCUACUAGCAACAGCCACCACAAACACCCAGCUCCGUUAUCACCUCGAAGAAACAUUGUGGUUACAGUUUGGAAGAAGGGGUUCAAAUACCAAGAAUGGGUUUCAAAGAAUUCUCCUUUCUACAUCAACGACGUUCUUGUUUACAAAUACAACAACAACAAGGAGAACAAUGUUUACUUGCUCCAAGAUUUAAGGAGCUACAUGGGAUGCGAUGUGAGGACAGGAAAGAAGCUAGUCGCAAGAGGAGGCUCAUCGGGAAGGUUCAAGUUGCUUCUCCAAAGAAGGCAGACUUAUUACUUCGCCAGUGCAGACGGCUGCAACCACACCAAGAUGCAGUUCGCCCUCAACCCAUGGCCAAGACCAUAA